AUGGCAGGCUUGAUGACUGCCCGCAUCUGUGCAGAUCAUUUCCAAAACGUAGUUAUCGUCGACCCUGAGAUUAAGAAAGCUGGCCGGGAGUUUGCGAAGAAACGAGUGGCUCAAUAUGAUUCCCUUCAUGCUUACCUAACAUUUAUGGUCGACGGCCUUCGUCGUCUAUGGCCUAACUUCGAUACAAUGAUUAAGGAAGCAGGAGGAGUGGUUUGCCCAGGCACCUUACCGUUGCAUUUUGGUGGCAUUCCCAUCCUUACUCCUCAAUUGUAUUCUACUACAAUGUUCAAGUCAACCGCUGGCCUCGAAAAGACUUGUAGUCUCCCCGACACAAUACUCAUUCGUCGCCCCAAGUUAGAGGCACUAUUAUACCGGUUACUUAUAGGCUCGAGCGCAAACUGUAUUCAAACGAUACAGGGUACAGUUACGGGGCUUGUUCCCUCCGACAAUAUGUCUACCAUACAGACCGUCAAUGUUCGCACGACAGAGGGAGAGGAGAAGGAUAUGAAGAAUGUUUCGCUUGUUAUAGACUGCACAGGCGCCGCCCAAAGAGGUACCAGGUGGUUGAAGUCGGCCGGCUUUAUACCCUCCUCCACUAAACCGUCUCCUAAUAUCAAGGGCCGAGCGGGAACGACUAGCGAUUUGCGUGUCAUCUACGACCACAAACUAUACUAUGUCACCGUAACAUUUGACAAUAUUGGAGACCUGGUUCAAGAUCUCCCUAGUCCAGGAGGUUUCGGCCAAGGAUUCAUCUACACCUACUACACACACUACAAGUGGGGCAACAACUCCUUCAUACUCGCGCGGAUGGACGAUACAAGAAUAGUCCAGCUUUGUUGUGGUGGCUGGGCAAACACCCAUCUACCCAAAAACAGCGAAGAUAUAAUUUCGUAUGUCCAUUCAGUGAAAGGCGCUCAGCCUCCGCAGGUAUGGGUCAUUAAAGCCGUAGAGAUGCUUCUCGAAAGUGAGCGGAGAGGAGACAUUACCAUGACCUUCAAGCCGCUGAAAAUACCCGCAGCUUCAUUCGUCCAAUACCACAAAAUCGCGCAAUCCUUGCCUUCCAAUUUCAUUGCUAUUGGUGAUUCAGUGGCGCAGAUCAACCCUGUAUUUGGGCAAGGGUGUACCAAGGCCCUCUAUGGAGCCACGAUUUUAAACUCUAUUCUCCAUAACUGCGUCCCUGCGGCAGAGCUCGGCCGCCUCCCUGAAAACUUCAGCACAUUGUAUUUCGAGCGUUCACAUGGCACAGUAGAAGACUUGUGGCGAGUUCUCGCUGCCGUCUCUGUGACGUCGACCAAAGCUUUAGUCAAAGGCGAGAGCCGCACUAGGGAAGGUGCUGUUGCCCGUUGGUACUCAUACUACGCGUAUCGAGCAGCGGAAACGGUUAGGCGGUCCAUCGUUUUCUGCCAGGAUCUACUGAUGCAAGCUUGA